AUGUCUUUCCAGCAACCAACACGUCCGUCACCCAAAGACAUCUUGAGAUAUCGCUAUCAACAUGGCACUAAUCUGGGAUCCAUUUUCAUCCUGGAACAAUGGCUCUUCGGAAGUAUGUACGACGAAGGCGUGCCGUCGAGUAGCGAGCUCGAUGCUGUCGUGACUUCUCUCAACAAACGUGGUCUUGGUGAAACAAGAAAGAAGUGGGAGACCCACUGGGCCAGUGCUCUCACGGACGACGACCUGACGUGGUUAUGCGACACCGCUCAUUGCAACAACAUUCGCUUGCCCAUUGGCUAUUUCACUCUCGGCCCGACCUUCUGUGCCAACACUGCCUUCGCCAUGCAACCCUCGGAGGUUUACGUCAACGCUUGGGCGGCUGUCAAAUCCAUCGUCUCUCGUUGCUACGCUCGCGGUAUCGGUGUCCUGAUUGAUUUACACGGCGUACCUGGCGGAGCCAACCAUGAAACCCAUUCGGGAACCAGUAGCGGUAAGGCCGAGCUCUGGGGUAAUCAGUUCAAUCUCAACCUCGCCACGAGAUGUAUUCAAUUCAUCGCUGACGAGUCUAUUCGUGAUCCCCAACUUGCGGGUGUAGUUGGCAUCCAAAUCUGCAAUGAAUCCAUUAUUGACCCGCCCGGUAUGUAUGAGUGGUAUAAUGAUGUGAUACAACGUGUCUCUGCCAUGGAUGCUAGCAUUCCUCUCUACAUCAGCGAUGGCUGGGAGUUGGGUCGCGCCACUCGCUUUUCUAGAGCGUAUAAUACUGUCGAGGGGCCGCCCAAAACACCGGUCGUGGUGGAUUGUCACAAGUAUUGGACCUUCGACGAGAAAGAUACUUCCAGGUCUCCUUACGAGAUCAUCGAGCAAGUCAAAACCGAACUACCGGAACUUGACUCGAGUCUCAUGGGCGACGUCUUCAGUCACAGAGCCGGCAUUGCCGUCUACAUUGGUGAAUACUCUCAAGCAUUGGCGCCUCAGACCUGGUCCCGAGCACCAGCAGACCAGAAAGACAACCUGAUGAAAGAGUUCGGGAACGAGCAGAGUAAGACAUGGCAGAGAAAAGCCAGCGGCUCGGCAUUCUGGACAUUUAAAAUGGAAUGGAUGCCAGGAUGGGAGUGGGGAUUCCAAGCCGGGACCGACAAUGGCCAGAUCCUUUCGCCCAGCUGUUUCAAGUUCACGGUCAGAGAGGUGAAGGAGAAGCUGGUCCUCGCCGACAAUAAACGCAGCGAAUAUCUCCAGGCCAAUCUGGAAGGACAUUCCAAAUGGUGGGACACCACCAACCCAGGUCGCCCUUUCGAACACUGGAGAUACAGUGAUGGAUAUUUUAUGGGCUGGAACGACGCCCGGGAUUUCUUCGCCGCGAGACUGAGCGGGAUCGUCCCUUCAUCUGUCCCGAAUGCCGCCAGCUUUGCCAAUCCUCCACCACCGAUGGGCGGCUUCGACGGCGCGAACCAGAGUCAGCAAUGGCAGCCAGGCAGCCAGCUCGGCGAGAAUAAAAUCAUAGGUGCAGAUACCCUCGGUGCCAUCGACCUGUGGAUUCUUAAGCGCAUGAGAGAGUCCCAUGUCGCGGACUCCAACAGCUGCCCCUUCGGGUGGGAGUGGGAACAUGGCUUCCGCGCUGGUGAGAGGGGGUUCAGAGAAGUUGUCGGUGCGUGA